UUCAGCCUUUUUCUCCGAGACGGCUCGCAGGGUUGUAAACUAGCCGCGGUCCAGCUUUGUGCCUGUAAAAACGAUGCAUUUUGAGACAGUUGGAAUUAAAACUUGAGCGGGGACGUAUCCGGAGCGGGGGAAAGUUGGAGUUUAGCGGUGACAUGUGAAAUGUUGCUGCGUGGUUUGUUGGCGUUUCCAGGAGGCGACGCGCAGACCAAGCCAGGCUAGCCGGGCGGCUCAGCUAACGCGGUUAGCCUCUCCUCUGGCUAGCGUUAAAAGUCGACGUUUAUUGCGGCAGCGCUUUAUUUACGAGCCCCGGGUAAUAUUAUCUACAUAUUUAUCUGUGUGACGCCAGGCUGCUGCUUCAAUGUAGACGCGGAGCUGCGAAGCAACUCGGCUAAUGUUAGCUGGUUCUGUGCGCUGGAUUCAGCUGUAAAUCAGAGUCGGUGCCUCCUCCAGUAAGUGAUAUUCCUCCGUUUGUCGCCUCGCCCGUUGUUAUUAACUAAAAACUCCAAGCUGAAAUGCACCGCUGACCCCGGCUACUUGCUAGCUUGGAGCCCACGUCGUAGCGCACCGGUCACAUUGUAGCUGACAUGGCAGCUAGCGGAUACUCCGACCUGAGGGAGAAGCUCAAAUCCAUGACUCCGCACAGGGACGACUACAAAAACAAAUACGUGGACGGGGUGAAUAACGGCAGCGGCAAGGGCCGAAAGCGAAAGUACCGGGAGUCCGACGACGACGAGUACGACCACAGCGAUGACAGCGCCGAGCUCCGCGAGCAGGAGGCCCGGCGCGUGAAGAGCAGCAUCCUGCAGAAGAGCAUCUUCACGCCGGAGGAGUGCGCCCUCAUCGAGGAGAAGAUCGACGAGGUGGUCGCCAGCGGAGAGGCUGGACUUUACCGCGAGCACACCGUGGACCGGGCACCCCUGCGCAAUAAGUACUUCUUCGGGGAGGGUUACACGUACGGAGCCCAGCUGGAGAAGCGGGGACCGGGGCAGGAGCGGCUGUACCGCAAAGGAGAGGUGGAUGAGAUCCCGAGCUGGGUGCAUGAGCUGGUGAUCAAGCGGCUCGUCUCUAACGGGGUGAUCCCGGAUGGGUUCGUCAACAGCGCGGUGAUCAACGAUUACCAGCCCGGCGGCUGCAUCGUGUCUCAUGUGGACCCGUUGCACAUCUUCGCGCGGCCCAUCGUCUCGGUGUCUUUCUUCAGUGACAGCGCGCUCUGCUUCGGCUGCCGCUUCCAGUUCAAACCGAUCCGGGUGUCGGAGCCCGUGUUCGUGCUGCCUGUGAGGAGAGGGAGCGUCACGGUGCUCAGUGGCUAUGCUGCUGAUGACAUUACUCACUGCAUCCGGCCCCAAGACAUCAAGGAGCGGCGGGCAGUGAUCAUCCUCAGAAAGACCAGACCGGACGCCCCUCGCCUGGACUCCGACAGCCCUUUAAGCUCCUCUCCUGCUGAGAGACCCGGUCCCCUGAAAGCCAAGCGCUCACAUCGCAGAGCAGACCCCGAUGCUGCCCACAGGCCGAGGGUUCUGGAGAUGGACAAAGAGGAGAACAGACGUCCUUCGCUCUCCCAUCAUCGGCGUCACAGCAUCAGCUCAGAGAACUACUGGCGGCGUGGCCAGGACUACGACAAACACCGGGAGACUUCAGGCCGCAAAGUCAAAAUGAGACGCCACUGAGCGCUCCUCUCUUUCACACGCACACAAACAUGCACGUAUAUAAAUAUCUCUGUUCUUUUAUGUAAUUCAACUUGUUAACAUUCUUCGGUCCGUCAUCGUUUCCUCCUUGUUUUGGGACAGUGUUCACAGUCAUCAUGUUGUCUGCUUUUUUGAUUCGAGUCCAGAACGGUUUGAGUGUUUUCUUUGUGUCUGGCAGACAAAGUUGGCGUCUCUGCUGCAUAUUCCAGACCUCGAGUUACUUGAUACUGUUCGGCUCCGUUCUUAAACCGAUCAAAUAGCUCAAACUAAACAUUUGUUUCCUUGUUCAUAGACACUUUGAAAUGGCAUGUAUUUUUUGUAACGAAGAUGUACAGACGUUAAGAGCUAAAAAAAAAAAAAAAAGGCAGAUGUACAAAAGAAAACCUGAGCUGUAAUCUAACUUGUUAUAAUGUACAAUACGUUUGUAUAGUCUUUGACUGGGGGGGAGAGGGAGGGAGAGGGAGAGGGGGGGCUUUUGGAGAACGAGCCUUUGUUUUUCCACACCUACAGUUCUGAUCCAUGCCUUUACUGCGCCGUGUCAGAUCUUCACUCUUUGUUCACUUUAAGUCUUUGUUUUUCAGUUAGAGCUUCAGCAGCUGGCAGACGUGCAGACAUGCUUUCUGUAAUGAUUAGAUGAUUUGACUCCGCCCCCUGUUCCACCGAAGCAGUUUGAGGCUCCGUUCGCUUCAAUUAGCCGGUGCCUGAUCUCGAAAACAUUUAUGCUCCGGGGCAACACGUGGCUGGUAGAGAGCCAAGAGUCGCUCACUUACAUGUUGAGGUGCGAUUAAGCAAAACUAAAACCUAUAGAUUAAAUUAGAGCUACGGAAGCGACCAUUCGGCUUCAUCAAAAGAAGAGCGGCUUCAGUACAGUAGACGUGAGAUGAAAGUGUCAGUGGUCCGUGCAGGAGACAAAUUGCCUUCCUGCUCUUUGGUCUUCAUCAAAAGUUCAGAAUUCCCCAGUGGGAUCUUCAAGAAAAAAAAAAAACCCCUGUUUGAACUUGAGGCUGUAUUAAAAAAAAGAAAAAAAGAAAUGAUAACCAGUAAACAAACGGAGUCUGCUUUGCCUUGGUGGAAAGGGAGCUGACAGUUAUGUAACUCAUCUGUGAAGGUCACAAUAUGAUGUGUCAGCUUAACUCAUGUUUAAGUUUUCCACUCUUGUCUUAGUCUGAAUUUCCUUUAGUGACAGAGGCCGUGUUAGCACUGUUCUGUAUUAAAUCCGUUUUUUUUUUCUCUCUUUUUAAAGGAAGUUUGAUUUAGUCAGAACUUGAUUUGGAAGGAAAACCACCGUUACCUUCUGUUUUGUUUGUGUCAGCGCCGUCUAGAAGGUUCCAGAUGUACCUUUUCCGUUUGGUUUGCUGUGUAAACAUAAAUUUGUUGCUUGCUUUCAGUCAGCCAUACUUGGCAGGGGUACUCAUUAGCCGACGACGUGAUUAGUCUGGAGUUACACGUGAACAAAAAUAACCUUGGUUCAGAGGAGAAAUUGCUUUCUAAAAACAGAAUGAGUGGUGUUCAUGGCUUUCUGAAGCUCCGCUGCACUUGUGGACUCGAGCAUGUUGGCGGACGUUGUCUGCUUAAAGCAAAUACUGGACAGUGAUUUUUGUGGGCACAGAGGAUGGUUUCAUGGCUUUAGUGGUCACAUUUGUUUUUGACUGAAAAGGUGCUGGCUGAAAGAAAUAAAGAUGAGAUUGUCUCCACAGAGUUGAUUCAUUAAAGGCAUUUUUCUUUGUUUGGA